GGUGGUGGUAGCGGUGGGUUUGCGCGUCUGCACAACGUCGGCGUUUUGCAGCGUUGGCGGUACCCACAGCAAGCGCUCGGUAGUCGCACCAGUAGUAGUGUGCGUCCACAUUGCCACCGCCACCGCAGUACCCCUAUCUUUUUAUCGUGUUCACUGCCGCAACCGGCCUGUCGCAACAUGUCAUACGACAGCCAGCGCAGACGGACCGACAGUCUGUGCUGUAGAGGUCUCACGUAAAAACCGGCCGCGACGCUCAUAUUCCAUUCGGCACACACGCACACCUGUUCUCAGCAUAUUAAAUAGCAAAAUUGUGUUGUAGUGCUGUAGUCAAUAAUUAUGGACGAUUCAGAAAGCAGAAUGCUGGGUAAAAAACGCAAACUUUGUUUUAGAAGCUUACAAGAUAUGAUACCAGCUCGUGCAGUGUUGUAUAUGAUGUCUUUUAGCGGCUUUCUAGUAAGCUUCAUGAUGCGCACAGACAUAAAUUUAGCUAUGGUAGCUAUGGCUAAAAUGAAAACUAGAAUUGAAAAUUCCACUAAUAUAACUGAAUUAUAUUGCUAUGCACCCAAUGUGAAUAGCACUUUAACAGUUAUUGAAGACAAUAAGGCGAUGGAAGACGGUGAGUUUGAAUGGGACUCUACAGUGCAAUCGGCCAUUCUCAGUUCGUUUUAUUGGUGUUACAUAUUAUCUCAAGUUGUUGGAGGUGUUUUAACACAGCGCUUCGGUUCUAAAACAGUAUUUGGAUUUUCUCAAUUAGCAACCGCUAUUGCUUCAUUGCUCAUACCACAAGCAGCUUCAAUACAUUAUUCUGCUGUUAUAGCACUCAGGUCAUUACAAGGCAUGGCUUCAGGGUUAACUUGGCCUGCUAUGUAUGCUCUUGUUGGUAUAUGGAUCCCAUCUAAUGAACGGAGCAGAUUCAUGUCAUCAUUUCAAGGGUUUAGCUUUGGAAUCGGAUUGACGUACAUGGUAUGUGGAUUCAUUAUUGGUAAUUAUGGAUGGCGAGUGGUAUUUUACAUGAAUGGAUCAUUGGGCAUUGCUUGGUGUUUACUAUGGUGGCUGCUGGCGUUUGAUUUACCUCACAAACAUCCAAGAAUUACAAGACGUGAACUGAAUUACAUCAAUGCAAACAUAGGCGAGAAUAUCAUCAGCCCUAAAGAUUUAAAAGUACCCUGGUGUUCUAUUAUGACAUCGAUUCCAGCUUGGUCCAUUGGAAUCACAACUUUUGGACGAAUUUGGAUUCAUUACACUUUUAUUAUUUAUGGACCAUCUUACAUGAAAACCGUUUUAGGAUUCAGUAUACAAAAGAAUGGAUUCAUGAAUGGAGCACCAUUUUUGUGCAGUUAUUUAUCUUCAGUUGUUUUUUGUUAUAUGGCUGAUUAUAUAAUAACUCAUAAACUCAUGAGUCUAACUAAUGUGAGAAAGUUAUUUACAGCCCUUUCUCAAGUGUUACCUGGUUUACUAGUUCUGACUAUUGGUUAUAUGGGAUGUGAAAUAACAUUAAUAUUAAUAAUUUGGUUUAUAGCUGUAACUCUAAUUACAGCAUCAUAUGCUGGUGCAAUGGCCAAUGUGGUUGAUAUUGCACCAAACUUUGCGGGUCCUAUAUUAGCUUUUGCUCAGACCAUACAUAUGUCAGCAAGUUUUUUAUCACCAUUAGCAGCUGCCUUUAUACUUCAAGACAAUCCUACAUUAGAAAGGUGGAGAAGGAUUUUUGCUGUAGCUUCCUGUGUAGCUUGUGGAACAUACCUUAUGUUUCAAUUUGGAGGUACAGCAAAAGAACAAGUUUGGAAUAACCCAAAUCGUAAAAAUAAUUCAGGAUCUGUACGCAUAUCUCCAGAAGAUAACCAAUUGAUAGUUAAUAGCAAAAAUGAUCCUGAAAGAGGAGAUGGUUAAAUAUUUUAUUUUUAAAUAAAACUUAAGAAACAAUAUGGUGUAUAUUUUAGGUUUCCUAUCUAAGGAAAAAAAUAUAAAUUAUUUUUUAUGAAAGUUAUUGUGAUAUAUAUUAUAUAAAGAGCAGAGUAGAUUUAAUAUAAAUUUCCAUUUAUAACCGGGUAUAAAAAUUACAUCAUUCCAAAGAAUGUUUUAGGCUUAUACACAUUUAACUAAAUUUUAAUAUUUGUAACUAUAGUUUUAUUAAAUUUGUGACCUUUGCGUCUUCUAAUACGAAUUAAGUAGAGUAGUCCUACCAAUCAAAAACUAUAUGUUAAUGUACAUAAGUAAUGAUCCGCCAUAGAAAUUUAGAUUUGUUUAUUGUAACAGUUGAUUAUAAAUAGAUGAUUUAUUUACAACAUAUUAUUUGCUUAGAAUUCAUAAUGAUAUUUUGAUAAAAUUAUUGGUAAAUCAAUAAUGUUAAAAACAACAUAUAUUUUAACAAUUUGAGAAAAAUAAAUUUUUUUUUAAUUUAUUGUUAUCUACACUUGUUUAGAAAUGAACACAAACUUAACUAACUAUACUAUUACUGUAAAUAAUAUUAGUUAUAACUAAUUUCUAAGCGUUAUUUGUAUAUUUAGAUUAUUUUACUCAAAACGUAGAUCAAAUAUUUUAUGUGCCUUACCAAAAUAAUUUUAAACUAAGAUAAAUGAGUAUAAAUUACCAUACUUCUGAAUAUUCAAAAUUUAAUUCUAUCACAGUUUAGUUGAAAUAAAAAUCUGUACUAAUUUACUGUUUAACUGCAUUAUCUGUAAUAAUACAUAUUUAUUAAAUUUUCCUUUUUAUACAAUUAUUUCACAGUUUAAAUAGAAUAAAACAUAAAACAACUAAUCUACCUCUUCCUGAAAUAAAUUUUGUAUUUCAGUUUAGAUGAUUGUAUUUUAUGAUUUUAAUCUAGGCAUAAACAAGUUUAGAAUUUAAUUAAAUUAUAUUUAAAAUAUUUUUAUUUUUAUAAAAUAAAAGUGGGAUUAAAAGUUGUAAGUAUAAUAGUUGAAUGCUAAUAGUUUAUAUAAAAUAAGUGUCAAGUAACCAUUGUAUUUAAUAGCACUCAUUUAUUGGAUUUUUUCAGCAAUGAAUAAAAAAAACUAUAGUUUGGAAAAUGCCUUACAUUA